AUAGAAUAUUGCAUUUAUUUAAGUAGGUUUUCGAGGUCAGUGUUGUCAAAUAAAUGCAUUGAUCUAAUAAUACACCUUCAUUAUCCGAAACAAAUGCACUUACUUAAUUUCAAUUUAACACGUUAACGAAAAGUUCAUCUGAAAACAUGAGUGAGACGACCGAGAAAGAAUUCGAACCAAAUGAGGAAUUCCUUGAAAUCCUCAUAUCAAUGGGUCUCUCCAAAGAUAUAGCUACAGAAGCGUUGUUUUGUACUGGAAAUCAAUCCAUAGAUUCAGCUCUCAAUUUCAUUUUUAGUACUGAUGAAGAUUCAUGUAGGACACUAUUACCUAGAGUGCCUGGUGAUAAGAUAGAGGACAAUGCAGCUGGUGAUGAAAAUGAUGAUGAAGGCUACUAUAAGAUGACAUUUGUAAUUAACACUGCCUUGAAAAUGGGUGUUGGAAAAUUGAGUGCCCAAGUUGCCCAUGCUUCUCUAGGUUUGUAUCGAAAGAUGUUAUUAGAAGGAAUGAAAGAUGCCUUGGAUGGUUGGGAGUUUGCAGGAGAGAAGAAAGUAGUACUGAAAGGCAUUGACCACGUGCAUUUGCAAGAACUUCAUGAGAAGGCUAAAAGUGCCAAUAUUCCAUCUUAUUUGAUAACAGAUGCUGGGAAGACACAAAUUCCCCCAAAUUCGAUAACAGUAUUGAGUCUGUUUGGUUCAGAAGAUGAAGUUGAUAAAAUUACGGGAAAACUUGGUCUUCUUUAGAAACAACAAUAAUUAUAAUUAAUUAUAAUCAUGAUAAGUCAGUCCCAUACAAAGCUUCCAAAUUGUUUUUGGCUCUAGUCAAUAAUUUGAGGUGGUGCUAACAUGAGAAAAAAUAUGAAUAUAUUGUUAUAUAUUUUAUUUGGAAUUACAAAUUUUCAGUUUGCAUGGUAUAUUAUUUGUUAGGUUCGAAGUGACAAUAAUUAUAUUUCGUUUCUCUGAAUAUUUAUUAAGUCUUGAACUGUUGAAUUGAUUUGAAAACAUGAGAAGUGUUUUUGGGAAAUAACAAUUCAAAGGGUGAAUUGUUACCAUUUUUUCAUUACAUUUUGAAAGCUUUGUAUCUCUUUGCAUUUGCCAUUUUGUGCACUGUUUCGAAUUUUUUUGAAUUUUUAUUGUAGAUAAUACUAUAAUAUAUUGAUUACCACUAAAAUUUAUUAGAUCAGGCCUAACUAUAAUCAAUUUUAAUUUUUAUAUUGUAAUUUCUAACUUAUAAUUGUACCCAGAUUGUAGUUUAAGCUGACAUUAAUAUUUCUUAUUUAUUUUGUAUAGUAUUUAUUUCAAAUUGAAUAUAUAUAUUUGUUGCUUUAAA